GCGACGUCGAUAACAUAACGUUUAUGACUUCAAUUUUAAUUUGGACUGAGCGUCGCAAACUGAAAACUCUCCUCAGGUUCUAAGUUUUUUUAACAGAUCCUAUUCACUCUUUUAGUUUACCCCGACUUUCGACGCUCUUUCCGAUCUUUUACUUUCAUUACCACGACAACAACAACUGCACAACAAUCCUCCAAAUUGCGACAACACCUGAGAACUCCUUGCAGAAGCAGAGGCAAUAAUUCGAACAAUACCUUCCGACUCAAUUCUUUUCGCUGCUCAAUCAAUCCAGCUCUGGUCUCCUCUCUAUCAACAUGUCAGGAAUCAGCUCCCCUCAACCCGAUCUAAAUCGGAAUCGGCUUCCAACGCUAUUCGAGGUACUCAGUAGAAGGACUUUACCCCCGGUGGAUCUAUUCUCUUUCUAUAUUUAUAUGAGAGAUCAGCAGCGCUCUGUUGACUACCUUGACUUUUGGCUUGAUGUUGCUCAACAUAUGUCAUUAUGCCGACACUAUGUUCGUGAAUUGCGACGAUCUGUGAUGAUUGGUACACCGAAAGGCGAUGAUGCUCAAUCCAAGCGAUCCUCUGCUGCUCUAGAAAAUAUCGGUGAUGUGACAAGUGCCGCCGGACCAUCCAUGUUCACUACAGAAAAGGAGAAAAACCAAGAUGCUCAGAUGUCCGCCUUCCUCAGAGAACAAUCUGAUACUGGAGAGGUCAUUGCUCCACAAGGACACUCUCCUUCUCAUAGUCUGGGAUCCAACGUUUCCGGUCACAACAUUGGAACGAUGUCUAGCGAAAGACCCAGACCAAGUUUCAUGAGCAGCCCUAUGGAUUUGACGUCAGAUUCAAAUUCUCCUGCACACACUGUCGCGAGAGCCGACAUCCGAGCUUCUGCUGAGAAGAUUCUCUAUACUUUCCUCCUUCCAGGUGCCGAACGUGAGAUUAUUCUUCCACACUCCAUCACCCAAGAUAUUACGAUUUCUAUUGAAGAAAGAGGACGUGAUGACCCGGAAGUGUUUGAUGCGGCCAAGGAUUAUGUUUUCCAAGCAAUGGAAAGGGAUGCUUUCCCAGGCUUCUUAAGAAUGAAGGCUCUAGGCAACUUAGUCCCUCCUUCGAUGAUGUUGAGAUUGAUUGUUGGUCUACUUUCAAUGUUUGCCGCAUUCUGGGUUGGAUUCAUUCUAAUCUUCCUCAACUAUCCCCACCAUACUCGUGUUUGGCUCCUCCUUCCCUUCACCAUUGGUGUCUAUGCACUUUGCUCUCACCAGUAUGCUCUCGAUCCUAUUCUUGCCCUGGCCGGAUACAGUGAAUACACAUUCAUGUCUUUCUCCAAAAUUCGAGAACCAUUCGUUCGAAGGCUUCUCCACAAACGUGCACUCAUGGUCCUAAUGGUCACAGCUAUCACCGAUGCAGCACUAGUCCUGAUAUUUGCGUUGGUACCUGGAAAGAGAUUGUGAAUAUGAGGAUCGAUAGAUGAAUACUAAAUGCAAAAGUAUGACAACUGCAUAGAACGUAAACAAAGCACAUCAUGGAACUGGGAUGGGAAGGAAGGGAGUUUUGGGAGUUCUGUUUAUAGAGCGAGGUGUUUUGAGGAUAAAUUCCCUCUUCCAUUUUAUGUGAUUUGGGAUUUUGUACACAGGGCUGGCAGACAGGCAGGAUGAUAUCACAGGUUGAUUUAAUGGCGUUGAGUUGAUUUGAAUUUGUAAUUUUGGAGGAAAUUUCUUUGUUUUCAUUAUUCUAUUCUCGAAUAGGACUUGAUGUCUCUACAAAAAUGAUCGACGACUCGACGAUCCUUUCGAUGGCACCCCUUUUCUCUCAUUUUCCUUGAAUUAUUUAUUUUUAUGCGUAGGAGCUAAUAGCGUGUAUUUUUGAUAUCCUCUUGCUUCAAAUAUUUAAUGCAUGAUUAUUUCCAUUUAGAAAACGCACAACCUGAAUAAACCAAUGUGAAAAUGUGUGCACUAUUUUCUCCCUUUUCAUACGCCAUCUUAUAGUUUUACCAUUGAUCCCUGCUUCCACGCCCGAAAUCAAUUGGGGUAUAUCUCAGCCACAACAUAAGAAAGCCGUACACGGAUGGAACUAUGACUUUAGGUAGGGAAAUGGAUCCAGGGGGACACCA